AUGGAAGAAAGUGAGUUGAAUAUAAGCACAGGCGAAAUAGUGCCAAACUACUUUGGAAAAGCUACAAAAAAGAUCAAACUAAGGAUAAAUAUAGAUGGAAUAGUGCGGGCAAUAAAGUCCAUUGAUAGUAUGGCUGGCCCAGAGGAAGAUGCAGCAUUUCUAAACGGCAGAACAAUAGCUAACCUAUCCGCGCUAAAGUAUAUCCUUGAUACGAAUUUAAAGAUAGAAAGCGUUUGGCACAGCAGUAAAGAAAAAAAAGACAUUGCAGAUAUAGUUAAGAAUGUCAUCUAUCAGUUCCUUGUCUACGAGGAUCUUAAAAAAGAGACCAUAAGCCUUCUGAUAUUUGAUGGCAUGGAGGACACACUAGAUGAGGCAAUUAAACGCCGAAUUAUUUCUCUAAUUAACAGAAUUAUAAGGCCAAACACAGUCAUAGGAUCGUAUAUUAGGUAUGAUCUAGAUGAAGAUGUUGACAACAGCGUAAGUACUAUGGUGUACACGCUGGAGCUUGCAGGCGGAAGCUCUCCCUUAAAUCUGAAGUAUUUGCUCAGAUCUACCGCAGAGUCUCUUGACAGAGACAUUCUCUGUGAUGUGUCUACUUUAGUGUAUCCAGCUUACGACUUGGAAAAAUACACACCCAUACAAAAAUACUACAGUGUAGAUGAUCUGUACAUCAAAAAGCAUAAAGGUAGCGGCAUGGCAUUAGUAGACUAUGGGCUGAGGUUUAUCCACAAGAACUUCCAUGAAAUCAAUGUCUUAACUGAGAAAAUAGAGAAAAAUAUAGCUAGUUCUGAUAGCAGUGACUUGCAGGAGAUAACUGACGAAGUCAAUAAGAUAUUUAAGUAUGAAGAAGACCUGCGAAUAUUCAUCUCCAUUAGCAAUAAUAUAAACAAAAUUAGAAAAGAGAAGAAAAUACACACCUAUAUGUUCAAGACACUGGAGUACCUGGCAAACAGCACUUCACUUCUCGAAGAAGAAGAAGGGCUAAAGAAAUUGAAGGUAAAAUCAGAUUUGAGUGAUUUUGGUGAAAAGUAUGUACUUGGCACAGUGCUAAGUAGAAUAGUAGACGGAAAAGCAGUUGCACUGUUUAAGGAAAUAGAAAGAAAUCGUAAGUAUCUUGAAGCAGACAAAAAAACAUGUAAAGAACUAGAGAAUAACUUACAACACUGGAUAUGGAAAAAUCACCCAACUUCGCAUAACUAUCAGAAAAUAAAGGGAAGAAUGGCACAGGAGAUAGAAAGACUGAAAUAUGACAUUAGCAUUCUAAAUAAUAAUGUGUCUUUGCUAGAGUCAAAGCUGGAAAAAGAAAAUUUUCAGGCUGUUAACAUACAAAGGCUUCUAGAAAACUUGCAGCUCCUAUGCGAAUUAAAUCCAACCCAGAAAAAAUACAUAGUUAGAAGGCUAAAGGAGUUUGGAAACAAACAGAGCAUAGAAGUAGAAGUAGAGGAAGAGAAAGAGAAAGAAGCUCCCAUUGCAGUACCUAUUGCAAUGCCCUAUGUGCUGUCCGAUGUAGCGGCUGAUGUAGUGGAUAAUGUGCGAGAAGAGAGAAAGCCUUCUUCAACCAGAUCCACUUCUAGUGGUAUAGCCAAAAUAGCUACAGCAUUGGGCUGCACUAUAGCAGCAGCAGUAGCUGUGUUCUUAUUGGCUAGCCAUGUAAAGAGCAGAAUGAGAAUCAUUGGUGCUGAUUUGCUGUUAGCACAUAGAGAUGCAGCAUGA